AUGUAUCAACCAAAUAAUAACAACAACCAUCAGCAAAGACCAUCUAGAAUCAGUCAUAACAACCCCAAUAACAUUACAAACUCAUCCAAUAACUUUUCAAUCAUGAUGAACCACCCAAAUUCCAUCCAACAACUGAGUCCUUCACUUCAAGCCACGACUCCGAAUCAUCAUUCUCUCCUUGAUGCAACGAAUUCUCCGUUAUUUGGCUUUUAUCCACCCAACGCAUCAACAUCAUCAUUACAACCAACACCCUCUCAAUCAUUACCAUUGCAACAACAACGACCUCAACAAGACCAAUUAUUUGCUUCCUUUCUUCUCAAUCAUUAUCUCUUGUUACAACAACAACGAGAAUUACAUCAACUUCAACAACAACAAGCCUUGUUGCAACAACCACAACAACAACAAUCCGAACUCUCUCCUAAUCAACAACUUCAACAGCAAGCCAUGAUGAACAACAUGAUGUUAAUGAUGUCCAUGAUGAAUCCGAAUUUACCUGUGAUGGACACUCAACAUUAUGCACAACCACCUGUCCUUCAAUCGGUGUCACCUCCAUCAUCAUCGUCGUCAUCUAGCAACCCUCUGGUCACCAACACCAACAGCAAUAAUACAUCAUCGUCUUUGCCUAGUGUCACUCUUCAAACAGGUGCUCUGUCCGAUGCAGUGCCCACAACUGCCAUUUCUAUUCCUGAGCCACUGUACGAGUUGUACAUAAAACCAAUUUUAAUGAAUUUACAGAAUUGUGGGUUGUAUUCAGGAUCAAACGUUGUGCAACAACCAGUGCAAGCAACUCAUCAAAAUGAAAAUCAACUCACUUCAAGCAGCGAUAAUCUCAGUAAUAGCGGACUCCUAUUGUCACCAGUGAACAUGACUAGUAGUGACAAUCAACAACAAAAUGAACUUUCUGUCACAUCACCAAUUUCUUUCGUUGGUGAGGACUCAUCGUUAAGAAUAAGCAAUGACAACAACCAAGCAAUGAAUAAUGUCAUUUCGCAACAAGCAUUACUUGAAAGCUUACUUUUGGAAGAGGGAUUGGCUUCAGUAGUGGACCUUUUAGAAGACCAAUCUAACAAUAUGAACAAUAAUACGUCGAAUAUUUCAAAUUGUGACAAGGACGAAGAAAAGAAACAAGAACUUCACAAGCAUUACGAUCCAAAGUUAAAUAAGAAGGGCCUCAAGAAGAAGCGUAAAUAUAUCAAAUCAGGUCUAUACAGAAAAGACAAGGACGGAAACUUUUUAUUUUCAAGCGGUGACAGAGCGAGAUUGGCCCAAAUUAAUCCAUCCAAACAAACAGCAAAUGAUGAGGGAGUACAUGAUCACAAUGAAGAUUUAGGUCCUAAUGACCACCAAGGAUAUUACAUGGAAGAUGAAAAUAGCUUGAUAGGAAGUGUUGAAUCCAAGAACAGCGUUGCAUCAUCAAGCGGUGGUGGUAUUGGAUUUGGGUCGAUGAAUUCACAACAAAUUGACAAGUCAAUGAAUCGAUGUGGCAGUUUUCACGAUUUAUUGGGAAUUGAGGACAAUUUUGAUGGUGAUACCCAACAUGAAUUUUCCAAUGUGGCCACAGCAAGUGGUAGCAGCAAUGGUACUGCAAUGGUUAAUCCUUUUGCUUCUCCUACCCAACCUAAUGAUGAACAAUCACAACAACUGGGAUUUGAAAGAUAUUUUUCAGAGCAAUUGCUUAACAUUGAGAAUGGUGACAAUAUGUCUGAGGCAGAGUCGUCACAACUAAAGAUUUUAGUAUGGGCUCAAUGGCAGCUCUUAUCAGAUGCAGAAAAGAAGAAAUAUAUUGAUCUUGCUCUCGGCAGCAUUAAUAGUGACAUUAUGGAAGCAUUUAAUUCUUCUUCGCCACAACAACCACCACGUAGAGAUUCCAAGACGUCAACAGAUGACACAACGAUAGGAAAUACCAUUUUGUUUCCACAAAAUAAUGUUGUACAUGCCCUAUCCAACAAUCAUAACAAGAAGAGAACAUCUGUAAAUGAAUUUGACGACAAUGAAGCAGGACAGAAUGGAGAACAUAAUGAUAACACAUCGAAGAGAGCUGACCUUUCAAACCGUGUUAAAAAACCAAUAAGUGGUUACAAUAGUUUCGUGAAGAGCGUAUUCCCCACAUUCCAAGAGCAAUAUCCAGACGUAGAUAAGAAACAAAUUACGAAACUGAUUGGUCAAAAGUGGAAAUCAAUGACUGAAGAGGAGAAAAAACCUUACUUGGAAAUUGCAAAACAAGCUCAACCAAUUGUCAAGAAACCACUCAAUGCUUAUAAUAUUUAUUGCAAGGAGAAGUAUUCGCAAUUUAAAGCUGAAAAUCCCACACUUCCACCCAAUGAAGUGAGCAGAAUGGUAGCUGCAUCGUGGAAGAAUGCUAGCAAGCAAGAAAAACAAACAUAUUUUGAAAUGGCAGAUCAAUGGAAACAAGAGCAUGGCAUUCAAGAAACAUCUACAAAUAAUGAAGGAUCUUCCUCAACUGACGAUUUAAAACAAAAAACAAAGAAGAGAAAGACGUAG